CCUCUGGGGUUUUAUAUUGCUCUGGUACUUAUGCCAAAGACACAGCAGCCCUCAGUCACUGGGAGAAGAACCUCUCAUACGCUCGGUGCUCCAGCCCCCAGUUCACUCAGCUACACUCACCAUGUGUGAAGAGGAGACCACGGCACUUGUGUGUGACAAUGGCUCCGGCUUGUGCAAGGCGGGCUUCGCAGGAGAUGAUGCCCCCCGAGCUGUCUUCCCCUCCAUCGUGGGCCGUCCUCGCCACCAGGGUGUAAUGGUGGGAAUGGGCCAGAAAGACAGCUACGUGGGGGACGAGGCUCAGAGCAAGCGAGGGAUUCUCACUCUCAAAUACCCCAUUGAACACGGCAUCAUCACCAACUGGGACGACAUGGAGAAGAUCUGGCACCACUCCUUCUACAAUGAGCUGCGAGUAGCACCUGAAGAGCACCCCACCCUGCUCACAGAGGCCCCCCUAAAUCCCAAGGCCAACAGGGAGAAGAUGACCCAGAUCAUGUUUGAAACCUUCAAUGUCCCAGCCAUGUACGUCGCCAUUCAAGCUGUGCUCUCCCUCUAUGCCUCUGGCCGCACAACAGGCAUUGUCCUGGAUUCAGGGGAUGGUGUCACCCACAAUGUCCCCAUCUAUGAAGGCUAUGCCCUGCCCCAUGCCAUCAUGCGUCUUGAUCUGGCUGGCCGCGAUCUCACGGACUACCUCAUGAAGAUCCUCACAGAGAGGGGCUAUUCCUUUGUGACCACAGCUGAGCGAGAAAUUGUGCGAGACAUCAAGGAGAAGCUGUGCUACGUGGCCCUGGAUUUUGAGAAUGAGAUGGCCACAGCAGCCUCCUCUUCCUCCCUGGAGAAGAGCUAUGAGCUGCCAGAUGGGCAGGUCAUCACCAUUGGCAAUGAGCGCUUCCGCUGCCCUGAGACUCUCUUCCAGCCUUCCUUUAUUGGCAUGGAGUCUGCUGGAAUUCAUGAGACAACCUACAAUUCCAUCAUGAAGUGUGACAUCGACAUCCGUAAGGACUUGUAUGCCAACAAUGUCCUCUCUGGGGGCACUACCAUGUACCCUGGCAUUGCUGACAGGAUGCAGAAGGAGAUCACAGCCUUGGCCCCCAGCACCAUGAAGAUCAAGAUUAUUGCUCCCCCAGAGCGGAAGUACUCAGUCUGGAUCGGGGGCUCCAUCCUGGCCUCUCUCUCCACCUUCCAGCAGAUGUGGAUCAGCAAGCCCGAGUACGACGAAGCAGGGCCCUCCAUUGUCCACAGGAAGUGCUUCUAAAGUCAGAACAGGUUCUCUGAGGACCCCCUCGAGACUGCUCUGUUACCAGUCAUUAAACAUUAAAACCUAUAAGCCUUA